CCUUUGGAGGGGUCGAUGGAAGACGAAGUGGAGGUCGUAGCAGCAGAAGUCGGAUUGGUAGAAGUUCUGGAACUUUUUCAAGAAACAACAGAGUAAUGUCACGCAUUCCACUAUCCGGUCGAAUAGUUGGAGGUAGUAGUCCUUAUACCAGCUCAACAUGGAUGGUGGCAGCAUCUGCCGGGAUGAUUUAUGGUAGCAUGCGCUACCGUAAGCUUUAUCCACAUAGCAAUAAAAUGCCAACAAUCUGUACCAAUAACAAAGAAAAAAGCCCUUCAGGUACAGUCUAUGGCUAUUUCAUUUGUCCACGAGAGAAUGAAUCUCUCAAUGCUGUCUACUGUUGUGGCCCAGACAAAAGGGAAUACUGUUGUAAUGAAUCAGAAGCUGAAGCCUAUUUCAUGCUACAUGAAAGAAACAAAGCUACAAACAUGUCAGUUGGAACUAUUGUAGGAAUUAUUGUUGCUGUUGUGGUCAUUGUUGCUGUUGGAGCUUUGUGUUGCAAAAAACGGAAGCAGGCUGGAAAAAUAAUUCGCAAAUUUUCCAAAAGAGGAUCCAGCCAGAGAUACUGUGGUCCCCAGACAGUCCCGCUCAACAGUGCAGAUCCAGGCUAUGCAUUAGCCCAUGAGGAAAAACCAGCUCAACCUCCACCAUCGUAUGCUGAUGUGGUAUCACACGGAGAACCCUACCCACCUUUGGCUAAAACAAGUGAAGCUCUGGGAACAGGAUACCCCCCACCCAUGGGGCACGGAGCACCCGCAUCUUACCAAGAUAUGCCCUUCCCACCUCCAAGUGAUGUUCCUUAUCCAUAUUCCAAUGUUCCAUACCCACCUUGUAGUGGCGCCCCCUACCCACAACCUACUGGAGCCCCCUACCCACAACCUAGUGGUGCCCCCUACCCACAACCUACUGGAGCCCCCUACCCACAACCUAGUGGUGCCCCCUACCCACAACCUAGUGGUGCCCCCUACCCACAACCUAGUGGUGCCCCCUACCCACAACCUACUGGAGCCCCCUACCCCCAGCCUGGUGAGUUCCCCUACCCCCAGCAUAGUGAGACUUCCUACCCCGAACCUAGAGGAGCCCCAUACCCCCAGCCUAGUGGGGGCUCCUACUCACCCACACAUGAGACACAUCAGCCAGCUAGUGGGGCCCCCUAUCCAGAUGAGAUCCACACCUACAGUGGAGUGACACCCCAAACAGCCGACAUAUCUGAAUCUACCCUGCCAACAGCUCCUCAGUAUGAGCCUGUAGCUCUCAACUCACCUGUACAAGAGAGCUCGAAUUCAUAUGGAGCCAGGUUGUAGGAUUGGAUGUCAAUAGGACAAGGGCAUUCACUCUCAGAACAAGGGCAUUUGAUCUUACUGGCGGCCACGUUUCUGCUCCAUUUCAGCCAUUUUCUUUCCUAGUCUGUGCAAAUAUGCACACAUUUUUUUGUGUACAGCAUCUAAUUUUUUUAUAAGUAAACCAUUUUAAAGUUAUUCGUACAAAGUUUACACCUAUUUUAAGUUUAAUGUUCGAUAUUAUAGCAAUGUAAGUUGUGUGAGGGUUGAAUAUAGCAAUGUAAAAUGUGUGAGGGUUGAAUAUAGCAAUGUAAGUUGUGUGAGGGUUGAAUAUAGCAAUGUAAGUUGUGUGAGGGUUGA